UGCUUCCCCGCAAACCGAAACACUCUCCACACACCCUCUUCCCAUUUUCCAUCCCAAUCUGGUCUUGUCUGCCUGUUUUUGUUUUUCCUCGGCCCUUACAUAACACCCCACAUCCGUCCGCAGGACUACUUUGUCACCUCUCUUCUUCCUCGUAUUUCCCCCCCCCUCGGUCGGAAUCUUUUCCAAAUACACAACACCAUCAACCAUAGGUCUGCCCACUGAGCUCACACAGGUCCAUCUUCCCUUUGCUGCUCAACAUGGCGAACUUCAGCGAUCUCAACCCCUUCGCGAAGCGGGAAACGCAUAGUUCGACAUCCAUCACCACCUACAAGGUCCUGACUUUGCUAUCUUGGGUCCUGUCCGUGAUCACGACCGUUUACUACGAUUUCGAAUCGCCUCACGAUGGACACCUCAUUCGCCGUACGAUUUGGGGCCAGAACUAUGCCCAUCGUUCGGGCUUCACGCAGAAUGCCACCAUUACCUCCAUUUACUGGCUUGUCUUGUUCAUUCUCCAGCUAGUCUACAUCGGCCACCUCUUCUCUAAAGAUUCCGCCCAGGUCAACGCUGCCGCCUCUGUCGGUAGCCACUUCAUCUUCAACAACCUGCUUCACUUUGGGUGGGUGAUGCUCUUCGUUCGCUCGCACUUCAUCUGGUCCGAGAUCUUGUUGAUCAUCAACUUCAUCAACCUCACGUCGCUGUACUUCCGCCAUAAUACGUACCCCAGGGGCAUCCACAUGCCCGCUGUUUCUGGUCCCCUCGCCUGGACCUUCGUUGCUCUGUACUGGAACGGUGCCAUUAUGGUCCCUGCCCAGCAUAGCUUCGUUGCUCGUAUCUUUGCCAACGUCUUCAUUUGGUCGAUCUUGGUCUACGGAAUGUUCUUCAUUGUCAUUUACAAGGACUACACCAUGGGCUUCAACCUAAGCGUUCUGAGUGCUUCCUUGGGAGUCGCCCAGUUCUUUGACCGCGUCAUUGCAUUCCAGUGGAUCUUCGCCUUCACCAUCAUGGCUGUGCUGUUUGUCUUCACGGUGGUCGUCGCCGUACCUGCUUGGACCGGUAAGGAGGUCAGCUGGGGCACACGCCAGACUCAGCCCGAUGCCGAGCGUGCUCCUCUUCUCAACGACAACUAAGGAUCUUGACAAAGAAGUGUUACCUCGCCCGUACAUGCACGGACUACAUUUCUGGAAGAAGGGUAAAACCUCAAAAGUUGUUCGAUGUUGAAAAUACUCAUGACAGCUUUCAGUCGUUGAUCGGAACUGCGGCAUUGGUCGUCCGCGGUGUAGGAAAUUAUUUGCAUCGAAAGCAUGAAGAACUUUGUCUCAUACAGGUAAUCAUGUGCCUCACAAGCACCAAAAAAGGGAAGGAUUUGGAGAAUUAUCAACAGAAUGCGCGAAGGUGUCGAAAAAAAGAGAAUGAGAGUUCAAAUAUCGUCGUUCAGGCUUCCUUUACCUUAUUGUCCAUAAUAGGUAACUUACCUUAUCGAUAAUGUAUCGUUAAAGCGAUUCAUGACGUAGGGUUGUCGCAACGGCCGUGUUUUAGCGUGUUUGUCCGUCCUUGUAGGGCAUUUUAGUGAAUGCUUCAGUGGU